AUGGACAACUUGAGGAAAUCUCCAUUGAAGCCAUGGAAGAAAGGCCCUACAAGAGGCAAAGGUGGCCCUCAGAACGCCUCGUGUGAGUAUCGAGGCGUUCGACAGAGAACUUGGGGCAAAUGGGUUGCGGAAAUCAGAGAGCCAAAGAAGAGAACCAGGCUCUGGUUGGGCUCAUUCGCCACCGCUGAAGAAGCUGCCAUGGCUUAUGAUGAGGCUGCCAGGAGACUCUAUGGCCCUGAUGCUUUUCUCAAUCUUCCUCACCUGCAAUCCAACUCUUCCAACCUUCCACUUAAGUCUCAAAAGUUCAAAUGGUUCCCUUCCCAAAAUUUCAUUUCCAUGUUUCCUCCUUGUGGAAUGCUCAACAUCAAUGCCCAGCCAAGUGUUCAUGUCAUUCAUCAGAGGCUCCAAGAGCUUAAGCAAAAUGGGGUUUUUGGUCAAACUACUCCUUCCUCUAGUUCAUCUUCCUGUGACUCAAAACCUGAGGCUCACGUCACCAUGGAAAAAGCCCAGAAAGAAAAUGUAGCAGAGAAUAAGGAGAAAGACGUAGAAAUUACGUCGGAGAAAGUUGUGGGAGGACUGGAGGAGAAGCCACAGAUAGAUCUCAAUGAGUUUCUUCAGCAGCUAGGUGUGCUGAAGAAUGAGAGACAAUCAGAAGAAUCCGACACCACAAGUUUUGCAGCUCCAGAAUCUUCCAUUACAGAAACUAGUGAUGGAUUUGGACCCUUUGCUGACAAGAAUUUCAACUGGGACGCAUUGAUUGAGAUGCAUGCAAUGGAAAAUCAAGGAGCAGAAACUGGUACUUUUCAUAUUUAUGAUGUGAACGAAGAGCUGUCUUUCCCCACUUCCAUUUGGAACUUCUGA